AUGAGGCUCGUCUUUGCCAUCCAAACCAUCUUUGUGUUUUUCGGAACCUUCCUGGUUGACGCCAACAGUACCGAAAAGAUCACUCGCCGUCAAUCUAACAUCGACUGUCCAGCUGGCAGCAGUCUUUGCGUCUAUUUCAGUGGGGAAAGUUGCGUCGACACGAGCGUCGGUGAUGUCUGUUGUGCCGAUGGUAGCGGUGUUUGCAGUGGAGGAUUCCAAUGUGGUACUGGCGUCGCCGCCGCUCUGUGCUGUCAGCCAGGAUCUACUCCCGAAGAAUGUUCUCAAGCAACGGUUGUAGGGACAGCCACCACAGUACCUGCCAUCUCAGAUCCUACCUCACAGCCAGGAAACAAUAACUCAGCCGGCGUGGCUACGCCUCUUUUGAGGGUGGCUUUGGCAUUUGGGUUGGUCAGCAUGUUGUGCGUUGAGGGAAUCAGCACCUAA